AUGUUGCUCCGAGAGUCCCUUGGGAACAUGAACUGCCGUACCACCAUGAUAGCUCACAUUUCAGCAGCUGCAGGAAACUAUGCUGAAACCCUUUCUACUAUCCAGAUUGCAUCCAGGGUUUUAAGAAUGAAGAAAAAGAAAACUAAGUAUACAUCAAGCUCUUCUGGAGGAGAAAGCUCUUGUGAAGAAGGGAGAAUGAGGAGACCAACCCAGCUUAGACCUUUCCAUUCGCGGAAUGUGGUUGAUCCAGACUUCCCAAUUCUUCAUUUGUCAAGUGAUCCAGAUUAUUCUUCCAGCAGUGAACAGUCAUGUGACACUGUCAUUUAUGUUGGUCCUAAUGGAACAGCUCUUUCUGACAAGGAGCUGACUGAUAAUGAAGGCCCUCCUGAUUUUGUCCCUAUAGUUCCUGCUCUUCAGAAAGCUAAAAAUGAAGGCAAGUUGGAAGAAAUGAAUGAGACAGCCCCUGAAAGAGAUUGCUUGAAGUGCAAUACAUUUGCAGAACUCCAAGAGAGAUUAGACUGCAUUGAUGGCAGUGAAGAGACAGACGGAUUUCUUUUUGAAGAACUACCAGUUCAGUUUAACUCAGACCCAGUGACUAAAUGUUCUUUAUCAGGCCAAGAGACAGAGCACUGUAGUGCAUCAGAUCCAAGCAGGGAAGAUGACUUGGUGGUCUGCCAGGAAGCUGAUAAAGAUGCCAAGGAAAACUUAAAUGCUACCGCCAGCCAAAUCCAGGGAGGUCACUCCCCUGUUCACAGUAGGAUGCUUAAUGAGAUUUCCACUCCUCAGGCCCAUUGGAAUGUGACAGGUAGUCCUAGUAGUCAGAUUAACAGUUCUCAACAACCUCACUGCACAGACCUGCAAAGCAGUCGAGAAAGUCUUAAUAGCGGUGGCUUCCUAGAAAAUAAGCCACGGCCAAUGGGAUCACCGCGGCUUGGUAUUGCAAGCCUUUCAAAGGCCUCCGAUUACAAACCACCAGCUUCUCCUUCUCAGAGGUGCAAAGUUUAUACUCAGAAAGGGGUAUUGCCAAACCCAGCCCCUCCACCAUCAUCAUUAAGCAAAGAUUCGGGUAUGGUAUCCAGUGAAUCCCUAAUGCAAUCCGAGAUCCGCACCCCUCCCAUUGGCAUGAGUCCUCAAAUCUUGAAAAAGUCACUUUCUUCUGGCAACAUCGAUUACACAGAGGUGAUUGAAAAAGCAGAGCAGCAACAAGAAUCCCUAUCUCCAGAGUCAAAGCAGGAGAUUUUGAGCACAACUAUGGUCACCGUGCAGCAGCCCUUAGAACUUAAUGGGGAGGAUGAGCUGGUGUUUACCCUAGUUGAAGAGCUGACCAUUAGUGGAGUUUUGGAAAAUGGGCGGCCAACAAGUAUCAUCAGUUUUAACAGUGAUUGUUCUGUACAAGCGUUGGCUUCCGGGUCUAGACCGGUUAGCAUUAUCAGCAGUAUUAGUGAAGAUCUCGAGUGCUACUCUAGCACAGCUCCUAUUUCUGAAGUAAGCAUUACCCAGUUCCUGCCCCUUCCAAAAAUGGGGCUGGUGGACAAAGCUGAAGAAGCUGAAAGUAGACGUUCCUCUAUUAGCUCAUGGCUGAGUGAAAUGAGUACUGGAAGUGAUGGUGAACAGUCAUGCCACAGUUUCAUAGCACAGGCAUGCUAUGGUCAUGGAGAAGCAAUGGCAGAAGCUCCUCCUUCUGAACUUGCAAAAGCAGUUUGCAUAAAUGACAAGCAAAACCGUUGUACUGAGGAUAUGUUUGUGUCACCCGAAGGGGUUGACAGAAAUACUAAUAAAUUAUCUCCCAUCAGAAGCUGUAAAAUAUCAGCCCUGGAAAAGACUACCGUCACAAUAUCAAACACUACAAGUGUAAGCAGUUGCGAAGGGUUCAUUCCAAUGAAGACUAACAUUACAGUAUUCCCACGUAUUUCUGUCAAUUCUUUUAAGGCCCAAGAAGGUCAUGAGGCCAUAUCAUCAGUAUCAUCAUCAGCCAGAACUCCCUAUCUUCAUGAGGGAAAAGAAUUCAAUGCAAGAAAAGAUCUAAAAUUUGAUGAUCCUUGGCUAAAGAGGGAAGAUUGUGCAAAAAAUGAACAUGGUCUCAAGGCUGAAACAGUACCUGAGCAAAAUAAGAAACAAAAUUCUGCCGACAGGUUCAGUAGCAGCAGUGGAGAGAUUUCAAGUUCACCAGGAACUGAAAACCCAAGAAGGGCGAUAGAUGAAUGUGAAGCGGGACUGCCAGGUUCUGCAACCCACAGCCCCCUUCAUUCUACUGAAAGUUUGAAAAAUGGCAGCCUUAGCAGAGGAUUCCAGAAGAACAACAAGUUGGAGGAACUGGACGUCGUUUCCUAUCAUUACGUAGAGGAGGGUGGUGGCAUGAGCUCUUCUGUGUCAUCCCAAACAUCGAAAGCUAGCUUGGAAAGAAAGGUAGCUUCUCCCAAGCACGGUGUUCUAACCCGCCCCAAAGGAACACCACCAUUACCUCCUCUUUCCUGA